AUUAACCAAUGAGAUGCUUGGUUACAUCUGAGUCUAAAAUCGUCUCAUGGCAACAUCCAACAAAAAAUAAUGUGUGUUGAGAGAAAACCAACACUGAACAGAUUAGAGUUUGCAAGAAUGCAAUAAAACAUGCUACUGUAUUUGAAAACCUAAUAGCAUACAAUAACUUAGUGUUGUAUCUAAUAAUUAUAUGUAAACGAAUUCACGAUGUCGAUUGAAAAGUCAAAAACAGGGAAUAUGUUAAAAGUCAACACGCACUCCCAUUCUACCAUUACACGUAGCAAGGUGUCCACCAUGAGUCAGAGCAGAUUAGGAGGUAAAGGUGGGGCACAGAUAGCGAAUGCAUCCAGAGCCACAAUGUCAUCUAGCCGUCGCAGUAACACCGCAUUAGAAAGUAACAUAGAUGGUAAAAUGCCACCAAGCAAGUCUCAUGUCGUUCAGGUGUUUGAUGAAGCUGGCAAUGAUGUCACCCCUCAGCCACUACUGAUCAUUGAUCCAAAUACUGUCAAGCACAACCAAAGUAAAAUAUUUGGAGCAGAUUCAGGUGGUGGCACUCCUACUGAUCUGAUGUCACAGAACUCCAUCUACCAAACUGGCACCACAAGUUUCGCAGCACCUUUCAGGAGGUCAAUUUUUGGUACAAGUAUGACCCAGUCAGGAAGGUCAACACCAGAGUCGUUUACCGAUGUCAUCAUUGAGCCGACGGAAGGACCAGAUAUAGUGACCGGUCUUGCAGAUGUUCAGACCAGAAGGGAAGAGGUAGCCGAAACAUUGACAGAGGAUGACCUUGACAAGAUACAUGAGAUCACUCUUUCAGAAUCUGAGAUGUUUUGGUUACUUGACAUGCCAGGUGUGUGCAUAUCAGCUGAGAGUGAUGAAGCUGCAGAAGUUAAGAAAAGAAACGAAGACUAUAAACAGCUGUGUUCAUCCAAAGAAGGCAAUGAUCGCUAUAUGAAUCGAGGAAUGCAAUGUUUUAAUGAAGCCCUCAAGACUAAAGACAUACAGACCACCAAAAUUGCAAUGAUUGAUGAAGAAAGCACAGCUUGUACAUGGGAUAUGUACGAUACAUACCUAGAGCUAGAUAAUAAACAAGCCACUGAUGAAACAGCUACUGCAAAUAAGACAUCAAGCACACAUUCCCAACGUGCUGGCUCAAGUACUCCUCAGGCCGCAGACAAACAGCAGUCAGCCCCUGGCAGCAUAACAGCAGAGGGAGGUACAGCAUAUCCAGAAAGAGUGUUCCAUUGUGAAGCAGGUGUAACAUCGAUGGACUUCUCAGUAAAUAAUCCCAACCUACUAGCUGUUGGUCUUUACGAUGGUACAGUUGCAAUCUAUAAUGUGAGGAGUAUGAAAGAUGAACCAGCUCUCGACAGCUAUGAGAGCAAUGCAAAGCAUUCAGCACCUGUUUGGGAGUUAAAGUGGAUUGAGAAGGACCGCGGAUCAGGGGAAGAUAAAGGGGAGAUGCUCAUAUCAAUCUCUACAGAUGGUCGAGUCAGCCAAUGGCAGAUCAGGAAGGGUUUUGAAUGUGCAGAUCUCAUGAAACUAAAGCGGGUUGCAACAAAGGGCAAGCGGCAGAAUAAGGAUGGACGUGAGGUGAAGAGCGAGGCUCUAAUUUCACGACACGCUUCUGGAUUUUGUUUUGAUUUCAGCCCAAAAGAUGCUAAUAUCUACUUGGCUGGUACAGAAGAUGGACUCAUCCACAAAUGUUCAUGCUCCUAUAAUGAGCAAUACCUAGACAGUUAUCAUGGACAUACGGGCCCUGUAUAUCGUAUUGAGUGGUCUCCAUUCCUCCCUGACGUCUUCCUAAGCUGCAGUAAUGAUUGGAGUAUACGUCUCUGGCAGCAGGACCAUUUACAACCUGUGCUCAACUUCUUCUCAUCUACGAAAUCUGUUAUGGAUGUAUGCUGGUCACCGACUUCUGCUUCUGUGUUCGGUUGUGUCAAUGAAGGUGCUAUUGAGAUUUGGGAUGUGGACCAAAAUACAUUGGAUCCGUUAAUAGUGUCAGUUCCUGCUCCGGGAGUGAAGUUGUCCUGCCUUACAUUCGCUCACAACUCAGAUGUAAGUAGGCCUGCACUUUUAAAUCUGAAUAUCUCUAUUGUAAUUUACUUUGACUUACCUUCUAAACUAUUACUUUUUGGACCUGAAAAUUUAGAGAUUUCUGUCUCCAAUUAA